AUGGAACUCGAUGAUGAUAUACAUGUGAAUAAUCAUAUCAGUGAUGAUAUCAAUGAAAAUCAUUCAUUAGAUGAUAUAAUUAAAUCAUCUAAUAUUGAUGAAGACUCUCAUUUAUUAACUGAACAAACAACAUUAAUAACUUCCAAUCGUCGACCUAUUCGAUCUGCAACUAAUCGUCGAAUAACUGGUGAUAAUGAACAAAAUACAUCAUCAAAUAUAAACGAACCUGAUCCUAAUGUCUUUCUUAUUUCAUCUGAUACAAAUUCUCAUAAUACAAUACGUAAAACAAAACAUGAUGUUAAACGUUUUGUUAUGUAUAUAGAUGAACAAUUCGGUGAACAAAUGCCUUUACAUACAAUAUCAGCUGAAACAUUAUGUCGAUAUUUAAAACAUUAUUUUGAAAAUACAAAAAAAUUCGAUGGUACACAAUAUGAACCAGAUACAUUAAGAAGUUUUUUAUUAAGUAUUGAACGUUAUUUAAAAAGUAAAAAUUAUCAAUAUAAUCUUAUGGAAUCACCAUUAUUUCAAUCAUGUCGACAAAUUAUUGUAAAUAAACGUGAAGAAUGGAAAAAAUUAGGUUUAACAAAUCAUUUAAAACAAUCAUCAUUAAAUUUAUUAAAUAUAAAACAUUUAACUGUAUUUGAUCGAACGAAACCUGAUGGUUUAUUACUUGAAAUAUAUGUUCAUGUAACAAAAUUAUGUCAAGUAUCAAUUGGACAAUUACUUUGGGGUGAUAUUUCAUUAAUUGAUGAACAAUAUCUUAUUUGUCAUCAACAUAAAAUUGAAAAUCAAACAGUUAGACUUUAUGCAACACCACAUCAUAUUUCGACAUGUCCAGUACAAGCUUAUCGACUUUAUGCAACACAUCGACCACCACAAUGCAAUACAACACAAUCACCAUUUUUUCUUAUGCCACGUUCAACAAAUGUUCAUCCGAUUUGGUAUAAAACAACAGCAGCUGGUAAAAAUCUUGAACAAAUACUUCAAAAAGCUAUACAACAUGCUACUCUUCUUAAACAAUCGUCAUCUCCAACUGUAAAUGAAUCAUUGUCAACGAUAACAAUUCAUAAUGGAAAACGAAAUGAAUUACACAAUAGUUCAUUAUCAGUAGCAAAACGACUACCAUCAUCUUUAACUCAACCACUUAAUCUAUCGGUUACAACAACAACAAUAGAAGAUGAUAGUGGUACAGCUUUAUCAUCACCAACAAAUUCAUUAUCGAAUGAUGUUCUAUCUUCAUCAUCAAUAAAUGGUUUUGUUAAUAAAUCAUCUAUAACUUCAGUUUGGGAUGAAAGUGUUACUGAUAUAUUAUUAACUAUUGCUAAACAACGUGAUACACGUACGGCAAAGAUAAAUACUCUUCGAACCUAUUUAGAAGACAAAUUAGGUUUUGUUGAAUUUUUAUGUCUUUAUCGUGGUUUUAAAUCCGAACCGAAAUUAACAUUUCAAGGGACACCAUGGGAACAUUAUCAACGUUUUUUACCUGUUCUUUUUACUUUGCUCACACUUGAGAAUACGACGGUUUAA